UGCCUCGGUACAAAUUCGGAAACACUUCGUGUCUUCGUGCAAAGCACGUUGUGUUUUGGUAUUUUUCGUUUGCAAUUUGCAUUGAAAAAUGUUUUAAAUUGUCAUGUUUUAACAACGAUUCUUUCAUUAUGCAGCGCGUACAAUUUUGCGAAAGCUGCUGCAAACCGUACGCUUUACAAGGCUCCGGAAAACCAGUUGGACAACGUAUUCCAAAGUUGUUGGAUUGCUCGCAUACGUUUUGCCAUGGUUGUGUCACCAAACUUUCUGGAUCAAACUCGCGUGGUGUUAAAUGCCCAACUUGCGAAGAGCAAACUCUGCUGUCAGGCGGUAAGCAAAGCAUUAAAGAUUUACCUACUAAUUUGUACAUUCUCGGUAUUUUGAUCAACAAUGUCAGGGCAAAUAUUGAAAAGGACAUUUCAAAAGGAGAACUGACAGAUUUUGAACUGGAGAAAAGUUGUGUUAUUGCUAAUUCUUGUGGGGGGGCAACCGUUGCCAGGGGGGUGACAGCUGGGGAAGGGUCCCCCAGAGAAGAAACUGUGGAAACUUGUGAAGAAUGUUGCACAAAUGCAGCUGUUAGCCAAUGUAAGAAGUGUGAAGCUAUAUUUUGCGAGAGCUGCUUUAACACUGUACACUCUUCAUCUCGGACACUGCGCUUGCAUGAAGCUACCCCUAUUGAAUUUGUCUGUCAAACUGGAGGGUUGAUUCAGACCUGUGAGAUUCACGAGGGGAAAGAGCUAGAGUUUUAUGACCAAACAGACAAAAAACUCAUAUGCUCAUUAUGUAUAGUAACCCCCCAUUACCAAAGCCUUGAAAUAGUUCCUGUCCAUAUGUUGACUGAUGAGAUUACAGAAAAGCUCAAAGAAAGCCUUCAAAAAGUUAAGAGUGUUGAUGCGCAAUUGAGAAAGUCUAAAGGAAUGCUCAUGUCACAGUUGCCAAAAAUUAAAACUGAGUUCAGUGAGACUGUGCAGAAUAUUCAACAGCAUUUCCAAGAUUUGCAUACAAAGUUGCAAGCAAGAGAAGUGAACCUUAUCAAAGAGGUGAGAGGUGCAUUUUGUAACCAAAGUUUCCAGGUUGAUGUAGCCAAUGAAAUUGAUCAACGUAGUGAGGAACUUUCUAAGUUGAUUAAGGAAGUUACUGUGGCUCUUUCAACCCCAUCAAUGGUCAUGGAAAAUGGUGAAACCCUUUUGUCUAGAAUGGUUAACUUGGAGGAUGUUGCUUGCAUACUCUCUGACUCAUUCAUGCAAGAUCGUAUUAAGAUUUCUUACCCCAGAGACUUUCAAGACACAUUGAAAUCCUAUGGGACCAUUAUUCCUGAAAGCUGUGAUGUAAAGCUUAAAAGAAUUUCUGAGCAACCCAAUGAAAUAAUUCAUGAAAACAAUGCCCUUGAAGCAGCUGCUCCUACAAAUGAAAAGUCUGAAGAUGCAUCUUCUUCAAACGCAUCACAAACUGGUGGUGGUUCUGCUAUACUUACUAUGCCAUCUCGUCAAAAUUUAGUCAACGUUUCACACAUUGUUACCCCCUGUAACUUUUACAUACAGCAUGUUGCUGAUCAAGAUAAACUAAAUAGUCUUAUGGAUGGCAUUCACAAUCACUGCGAAAGAGCUAAGGGUAGUAAUGAUGCUGUCAGGACCACCAAAGUUGGAGAUCUUGUUUGUGCGAAGGGUGAUGGUGAUGAGUGGUGGUACCGUGCCAGAAUUAUUGGUGAAGAACAGCAGGCAAGUGUACCAAAAGGCCGUAGCCAUCCUAUACCGAAAGUUAAGGUUUGCUUCAUUGAUUAUGGCAACACAGCAAUGGUGCCUCUCAAUAGGCUUCGCAAGAUACCAUCCAAGUUCAUUGAUCUUCCAGAACUUGCUACUAACUGUUCAUUGGUAGAUAUUGUUCCCCCUGGAAAGUGCAAUACCUGGCCUAAUGAGUCCAUUAAAGCAUUUGGCAGCAUGAUUCGUGACAAACACCUCCUUAUGGCUGUUGUGAGGAAAAGUGGUGGACAGCUCAUUGUUGAUUUGAAGAGUCCAGAUCAAGAUGGAAGCAUUGCAGGUGACAAGCCUGCAUCAGUUCGAGAUGCACUUGUUUUCCUUGAAGUUGCAAACUUCACUAGUCCAGCGUCAGUGCAAAACCCUGAGGUUGCAUUCCCAGUUCGUACCUACCCAAAAGUCACAUUGCCUGAGGAAGGGGCGAGUCUACAAGUGACAGUUGCCGAGGCUCAGUCUCCUGAGGAUAUUUAUGUGGUUAAAUAUGAUGAAAAAGAGUACGAAAAAAUGCUGAUUAUCCAACAACAGAUGAUGGAUGUUUAUAACUCAAUGAAUGGUGAUCAGUGGCAGAUAGGAUGGCCAUACAAAGAUAUGGUUUGUGCUGCAAAGUACAGCAACGAUCAGAAUUGGUACCGUGCUUUGGUUACAGAUGUUUCCUCUGACAAGCAUGUGCAAGUGUUCUUUGUUGACUUUGGCAAUUCUGAAGAGUUGCCAUUCAACAAGAUUCGUCGUCUUCCAGAUCAUCUUGCAAAGCUGCCAGGACAAGCGAUGAGAUGUCGUUUGGCAAUGGUCGAACCUGUCAAUCCAGAGGAAGGUUGGUUGAGUGAAUGCAAAGACUUCCUGUAUGAGAAUUGUUUCCAACAUCCAUACCAAAUGAAAGUCCUUGAAGUUGAAGCGCAUGGUGAUCAGCCCAUGUCUGUUGUUUUGUAUCUUCCACAACCCCAUCAGACGUCCCUGAACCAAUUGUUGGUCGUUAAUUCACAUGCAGUGUUGUCUUCAUCAGCUGAUUCCGCAUCCCUCGAGACGGCAGAUGUGGUUGAACCAUCUUCACCAGCCAGCAAUGCUAGUACAAGAAUGAGCGAGACAGAUACUGAUGCUGCAAUCAUUGGAACUGAGGGGGGAAGAUUACUUUAUCCACAACGGUUAUCAUACAAACCAGUUGAUAUGCCAGAGGGCAACCAAUUCCAGUUUCUGGUAACAUUUGUUGAAAAGGAUUGUAUAAUAUCGGGCGUUCAGCCUGAUAAACGUGAUAAUUCCCUGGCAGAUUUAAUGUUGCAUAUGCGAAACACGUGUAAAGACACAGAUGACCCACCAGUCACCCAAGAUCAGUUGUUCUUCAAUCAACCUUGCUGUGCCAAGUAUUCCGAUGACAAUCACUGGUAUCGAGCACAAGUAAUUGGUUUCCCCGCGCCAUCCACAGUGUUGCUGGAUUAUGUUGAUUUUGGUAACAAAGAGGAAGUACCGCUUGAAAAUAUCAGUCUUAAGGGAGCAUUUCUGGAUAUACCGAAGCAGUGUAUCUCGAUUCAGCUCGAAGGUCUGCCUAGAACACCGGUUGAACAAGAGAAAGUUUCCAAGUUACUUGAAGGAUUGUUGGUUGGUCAGACGUGUAAAGCAGCGAGGUCAGCAAAUGUUGUCGUAGAUGGCGUUGUCAACAUUGAACAUUUGACAUUGCCUGAUGGACGAGACGUUGUUGCCACUGCCAGAGAGAUGAUGUCUAAACAGAAUCCUGACGAACUUGAGGAAAAGCCUGUUUUAAGUCAGUCACGCAAGCAGCAAACCCAUUUGGAGAGUCCACAAAGUGAAAGAAGAAUGAAAAGGAGAGAGAAUCCUCGUUUAGCAAGAUCGAUACUUGCGGAUACUGUUCUUCCUGCCGAGGGCGUACCGUUUGAUGUUGGCGUCACCCAAAUCAACUCGAAAAAUGUUGUUUUUCUGCAAAGAGAAGUUCCAUGCGAAGACAGACCUAAGUUGGCUGACGGCUUUGAUCCUACUCAUGUAGUCGCUUGUAAUCACAUACAACAGCUGCUGAGCAUGUCUAACAGGAUCAACCUGAAGAACUAUUUUAAUGGUAAACCAGGUCUCGAUAAAGUUUGGCCCAACAUGUUGUGUUGCGCGAGAUACACAGAGGAUGAUUUGUGGUAUCGAGCUCAGAUUAUUCGUGUCCUGUCGAAUGUUCAGGUACAAGCUCGUGUGCUUUACGUUGAUUAUGGAACAUCGGAGGUAAUCGGAUUGGACAGAAUGAAGCCAUUCCCAGCUGAGUUGGCAGCACUCCCAAAACAAGCGUUCAAAUGCACUGUCGUCGGAUUGGGUGACGAAAAUUAUGAAAUUGGUGAUCACAGCUGUGGUGCUGGUAAUGAUGAAGAUGAUGGCGAUGACAGUGAUGAUGAUGACAUCAACUUAUUGGCUAAUGCAGUGGUUGGUAAAAAGCUAAUCUGCAAAGUUGUUAGCUUUGGACCACCAGUUGUUGUCGAACUGUAUGAGAGAGUGCUUAUCGAUGAGUCGUAUCAGGAUAUACCGAUCAGCCAAACACUAUCAAUGCUUGAUGAUGUGACUUCUGAUCGCGACAGUGAUGUUAUUGAGGAGACUCAGGAAAGCGUGGAGCUCAAUGAAAAUGAGGAAAAGAUUGCAGAAGCUGCAAAAGAUGAAUGUGAGGAUGACUUCACCGUCGAUGUUAACCCGGAGGGUGAUUGGUAUUCGGAAUGCGAAGAAUCGUUUGUCAAAUAUGAUCGCGAGGGAAUGGCGACUCGGCCGCAGCUAUUGACACCAGCUCAGUUCUUUUUGAAGAAGGAAGGUAAUACGGUGGAGAAUGAGGAGAAAUCUGUCGAGGUUGAAGAAGAAUCUGAAGUUGAUUGAACAUGGACGAGGCAAAUAUUGCCUUAUUAAACAGUCCAAGAUUCUUUGAAUUGUUCGCUUGUUGACAUCACGUUUCGAUGUGUUAGUGUGUAAUGGAACUUUGUUUUGUUCUUUUGUUUCGUUUUGGAAACAUUGUUGGGAUGUAUGUCGCACUUCCGACAACCAAGGUGACAUUUUUCCUUGGAUAUUAGUUGUUAAAAAAAUUGUUUUUGUCAUGAAGUUCAGGAAGAAUAGCCAUCCUGGCGAGGCCAUUUGCAAAAAAAAAUUCGAAACAGCGUGUCUAGUUCUUGGAAUGUUUGGAUCGAAAUCAAUUCAAUUUGUGAAUAGGGAUUAUUUUCGGCCACCGUUGUUUCUCAUCUUCACUUUCGUUAUGAUAACUCCACACCUGGGCUGCUCACCGUUUAUUCUGGGGAAUCGGAAAUUCCGGUUGCAAAAGAAAAUGGUACAAGGAAUUUCAAUCGGAAAUUUCCGAACUGUUCGAUCGAAAUUGCUUGUACCAUUUGAUUUUCUGACCAAAAUUGCUAAUUUCCCAAGGUAAAUGGUAAGCACUCCUGACCUCAUCAUGUGUAUAUUUGACGAUGAUGUAAAAAUCAUUCCUGUCAAUAAAAAGUGUUUUAAC